AUGGACCGUUUAACUGGUCAUCCGGAUCUGGAUGAUGAGUACGACAAAGAGAAUAUGAAACUGAUUAUAGUCUGCGUUGGUUUACCUGCAAGGGGAAAGUCUUACAUUACUAAGAAGCUCACUCGAUAUCUGAGCUGGUUACAGUAUACAACCAAGAUCUUCAACGUGGGAAACACAAGAAGGACCCAGAACGGUAAGCCAUCCAGUGUUCCUGUAGAUGGCCCUCGUCCUAAGGCAGAAGCAUCAAACCACCAUGACAGUGCCUUCUUCGACCCUUACAAUGACCAGUUUUGUCAGCUCCGUGAAAAAUGGGCCAUGGACACUUUAGAUGAACUAUUGGACUUUCUAUUAUACAAAAACGGGAAUGUGGGUAUAUUUGACGCUACAAAUACUACGAAAUCACGAAGGAGAUGGGUUGUUGAACACAUUAACCAGAGGACAAAUGGGGAUGAAAACUUCAAAGUUCUGUUUCUAGAGAGCAUUUGCACAGAUAAACAAAUUAUUGAAAAAAACAUUAGACUGAAACUAAGUGGGCCAGAUUAUAUAAAUAUGGAUCAACAUGAAGCCUUGAAAGAUUUCAAGGACAGGCUUAGGAAUUACGAAAAAGUUUACGAGACUAUUGACGACCAGGAGGAAGAGGAGAACGAACGGUACAAUAUUCAGUAUCUGAAGAUAAUCAACGCAGGAAAGAAGAUAGUCAGUUAUAACAUAAAUGGGUAUUUAUCGUCCCACACCGUUUUUUAUCUCCUGAAUUUCAAUCUUGCAGAACGUCAAAUAUGGUUGACGACGAAUGGAGAGACAGAGUAUAACCUUCAAAAUAGGAUUGGAGGUGAUUCCAAAUUAAGCAAUGAGGGAUGGAAAUUUGCCAAAGCAUUGCCCAAGUUUAUAGCACAGAAAAGAAAAGAGUUUCAACUUAGACAGUUGACCAAACACUAUAUCGAGACUCAAACGCCCAUUGAAGACGUACCGUUGGAGGAGCACACCAAGCCAGUCAAAUAUUCUGAUCUGCAUUUCCAUGUUUGGUCAUCGGCUUUAAAGAGAUCUACUCAAUCAACAACAUUUUUUCCAUCGGAAAAUUACUCUCUGAAGCAAUUCAGAACGUUGAAUGAUCUCUGUUGCGGAUCACUGGAUGGUUUGACUGAACAAGAGUUCAAAAGUAAAUACAAAGAAGAAUACCAGAAUUCUCAGACUGAUAAACUGAGUUUCAGUUUCCCUGGUAUCGGUGGGGAGUCUUAUUUGGACGUGAUCAACCGUUUGAGACCACUAAUAGUUGAACUAGAAAGGUUGCCAGAACAUGUCCUGGUCAUUACCCACCGGGUCAUAGUAAGGAUUUUACUAGGAUAUUUCAUGAAUUUGGAUAGAAAUCUGUUGACAGAUUUGGAAAUUUUGCAUGGGUAUGUUUAUUGUAUUGAGCCGAAACCUUAUGGUUUAGACUUAAAGAUCUGGCAGUAUGAUGAGGCGGACAACGAGUUUAAUGAAGUUGAUAAGCUGGAAUUCAUGAAAAGAAGAAGAAAAUCGAUCAACGUCAACACGACAGAUUUCAGAAUGCAGUUAAACAAAGAGUUGCAACAGGACGCUCUCAAUAAUAGUCCUGGUAAUAAUAGUCCGGGCGUAUCAUCUCUAUCUUCAUACUCGUCGUCCUCUUCCCUUUCCGCUGACGGGAGCGAGGGAGAAACAUUAAUACCACAAGUAUCCCAGGCGGAGAGCUACAACUUUGAAUUUAACUCUCUUUCAUCAUCAGUUUCAUCGUUGAAAAGGACGACAUCUUCUUCCCAACAUUUGAGCUCCAAUCCUAGUUGUCUGAGCAUGCAUAAUGCCUCAUUGGACGAGAAUGACGACGAACAUUUAAUAGACCCGGCUUCUACAGACGACAAGCUAAACAUGGUAUUACAGGACAAAACGCUAAUUAAAAAGCUCAAAAGUUUACUACUUGACGAGGCCGAAGGCUAG